UUCUAUCAUAACUUUGUGUAUCUCACGUCCACCAAUCCAAAGAUUCAAUCAAUGGCAACAUCCAAUCAAGAGAAUGCUGGUACUUCCAUUUUUGGGUACCAUCAGUUUCAGUGGCUUGGCUUGCCUGCAAAAUCAGUCAUGGAGCUUGCAAGAGAAGCAAAGAAACUAGGGCGAGAUGAUCCAAGAAGGAUUACUCACUCACUCAAGGCAGGACUUUCUCUCGUUUUGGUUUCCUUAUUUUACCAUGUUGAUCCUCUUUACAGUAGUUUUGGUGACAAUACAACAUGGGCUGUCAUGACUGCUGUGGUCAUCUUUGAAUUUUCUGUGGGAGCAACACUUGGGAAAAGUGUAAACAGGAUAUUAGCAACAUUGGGAGCUGGUACUCUGAGCCUUGGAGUUCACGGUCUAGCAAAUCUUUUUGGGAACACAGGCGAGCCCAUUGUCAUUGACAUCUUCGUCUUUGCAGUAGCUGCAAUGGUGACUUUUGCAAGAUUUUUCCCCAGAUUUAAGGCGAGGUGUGAUUAUGGAUUGUUGAUAUUUAUAUUAACCUUCUCCUUACUAUCAGUAUCAAGUCAUAGAGAGGACAAAAUGGUAAAAAUGGCUCUUGAGAGGCUCUCAACAAUCGCUCUUGGAUGUUGCACUACUAUUCUAGUCAGUAUCUGUAUUUGCCCUGUAUGGAUUGGCGAGGAUCUGCACAACCUCAUUGCUCUCAACAUUGAAAAACUUGAAAAUUUUUUACAAGGAUUUGGAGGAGAAUACUGUGGAGUAUACCAAGAAGGUUUGCCUAGUAACGAUAGGUCAUUUCUUCAAGGAUAUAAAAGUGUAUUAAAUUCACAAAGUAGUGAAGAAAACAUGGCUAAUCUAGCAAGAUGGGAACCAGCUCAUGGUCGGUUCAGGUUUUUUCAUCCUUGGAAACAAUACUUGAAGAUUGGAAGCCUAACUAGGCUGUGUGCCAUCAAAAUUGAUGUUCUAAACAACUACCUUAACCCUCAAAUCCAAACUCCUUUGGAAAUUCGAAGUGAAAUCAAAGAACAAUGCAUGACAAUCAGCUUAGAAUGUGGGAAAGCUCUCAAGGAAUCAUCAGCGUCAAUCAGAAGGAUGAUCCGAGCUGAUACUGCUCAUCUUCACAUUGGAAACUCAAAAGCUGCUGCUGAAAAUCUAAAAAUCCUAUUCAAAACUGGCCUGUGGAAAGAAGCAGACCUGCUAGAGAUAGCACCAGCCACCACAGUUGCUUCUCUUCUAUUAGAGGUUGUUCUGUGCACUGAAAGAAUUGUUGAUGCUGUGCAAGAAUUAGCCUCUUUGGCAGGUUUCAAGAGUAUAGAAUCUUCAGGGUCAAUAGAACAACUUCAAAGAUCGUCGCAGCAAAUACAUAGCAUUGACGCACAAAACCAUGAAAUUACCAUUGGGGAAUGAUCAAAAACUCUCAGAGUUAAUUAAAUAGCUGCAAAAG